CUUGCCUCCGGACUGGUUUCGGAGCCUGCCGUCUGCAGUGAAGUCUCUCCCUCCCUCCUGGCAGGAGGGGGAAAAAGGGUCUUGGCUCCCGUGGUUUUGUCCUCAGCCCCCCAGGUCCCCUGUUCCCAGAGCCUCACAGGGCUGGCACAGGCUCUGCUACGCUCUCUCCUGUUUCAAAACAUGCUCCUGGCUCUUCUGCUUGCAAAGAAAAAAAUCUGACAACUUUUAAAGCCUCGGAGAAGCAGGAGGUGCAUUGGAAAACAGGCGAUCCUGGGAUUUAUUAUUUUUGACAAUCUCAUCAUUUUGGGCCUGACUCACGGCUGUUGAAUGUUCGGGACGGUCAGCAGAAGGGAAAAGUAGGUUUGCUCAGCACAGGCAGCAAGGACAGGCAGGAGGGUCAGGCGUCUGUGCAGUGACAAGGCGACGGAGGGGGCCGUCAUCCUCCUUCCAGCCCCGCUCCGUCCUCGCCGGGGCUCGCGGCUGCCCCUGGACCCGACACGGCAGGCGGUCUGGCCGGCCCCCGGGCCCCCGGCAUGGCGCAGGAGGUGGCCCCUGUCCUACUGGUUGUCCUCGCCAGGCUGGCGUCAUCCACGUGGCACGAAGGGUCUGGCUACUACGCAGCUGAGAGCCACACCAAUGAAGUGUACGUGGAAGAAGCCCCCCCCGAGCCUGCCCUAGACUACCGCCGAGUGCCCCAGUGGUGUGCCACGCUGAACAUCCACCGUGGAGAGGCCACCUGCUACUCUCCCCGGGGGGGCUCCUACCGCAGCAGCCUGGGGACACGCUGCGAGCUGAGCUGCGCCCGCGGGUACCGGCUGGUGGGGCCCAGUGCCGUCCAGUGCCUGCCCAGCCGCCACUGGUCCGGGAUGGCAUACUGCCGACAAAUCCGGUGCCACGUGCUGCCAGCAGUGCUGCGGGGCUCCUACGUGUGCUCAGCUGGUGUGCAGAUGGAUUCCCGCUGUGACUAUACCUGCCUGCCUGGCUACCAGCUGGAGGGGGACCGGAGCCGCAUCUGCAUGGAGGACGGGCGCUGGAGUGGGAGCGAGCCAAUCUGUGUAGAUAUGGAGCCUCCCAAGAUCCGCUGCCCGGACUCCCGGGAGCGGAUAGCGGAGCCAGGCAAGCUGACCGCUACCGUCUACUGGGACCCCCCCCGUGUGAAGGACUCUGCUGACGGCAUCAUCAAGAGGGUGAUGCUGCGGGGGCCAGAGCCCGGCUCCGAAUUCCCCGAAGGAGAGCAUGUGAUCCGCUACACCGCCCAGGACCAGGCGUACAACCGAGCCAGCUGCAAGUUCAGCAUCCGUGUCCAAGUGAGGCGCUGCCCUGUCCUGAAGCCUCCACAGAACGGCUACAUCUCCUGCACCUCCGACGGCAACAACUACGGUGCCACCUGCGAGUACCUGUGCGACGGGGGCUACGAGCGCCAGGGCACGUCCCUGCGGGUCUGCCAGUCCACCCAGCAGUGGACGGGCUCCCAGCCCCUUUGUGCAGCCAUGCAGAUCAACACGGCUGUGAACUCGGCUGCCAGCCUGCUGGAUCAGUUCCACGAGAAACGCCGCCUCCUCGUCAUCUCAGCCCCCGACCCCGCUAACCGCUACUACAAGAUGCAGAUCUCCAUGCUGCAGCAAGCUGCCUGCGGACUGGACCUUCGUCAUGUCACCACUGUGGAGCUGGUGGGGCAGCCCCCUCAUGAGGUGGGACGCAUCCGGGAGCACCAGCUGUCCCUUGGCAUCAUUGAGGAGCUCAGGCAGUUCUUGCACCUCACCCGCUCCCACUUCAACGCGGUGCUGCUGGACAAGGCGGGCGCCGACCGCGAGCGCUACAUCUCCCCCAUCAGCCCCGACGAGCUCUUCGUCUUCAUCGACACCUACCUGCUGAGCGAGCAGGAGGCAGCACGGCGGGCGCAGAGUGGGGACCCCUGCGAGUGAGGCAGCACCGGGGAGACCUGCCCUCCGCCACCGCCGGCCUCAGGGAAUGGACACCUUCCUUUCUGCUUUUCUAGUCGCCUACCGUAGAGGACCAGAGUGCCACGGACCUCCAGGGGAAGGGGAGCCUCUCUCCGGCUGCUCUGGCACAGAGAGGCGAGCAGGGAUGGGGGCCACGUGCCAGCAGCAUCCCCACUGCCCAGCAACCAGGAGCAGCCUCCAGCUGUGGCAUGGGAUGGCUCAGCCUGGCCAGGACCACGGCAGGAGAUGCUGGAGCGCCUCUGCUUGAACCCCAGGGCAGGGGGGAGAAAGGCAGCAUGACACUGGGCUGCCAGAGCAGAGGAGAGCAGGCAGGGCAACAGCACAAAAACCUUUAACGCAGCAGCUUCACCUUCCCCAUGCCCAUCAUCACCCUGUGCACAACCUGAACCCACUCCCUCCCCACCCGGGGUCAGCCCUGCCGGGCAGGUGCUGCUGCCAGGGUCCUGCCAGCGCAGCCAGGAUCCUGCCAGAGCCACCAGAAAGCCUUUGGCAAACAGCCCUGCACUCAGCAAAGCCAGUAGCAGCCAGCCAGCACACAGCCCACCCCACGGGCUCGCCAUCCCCACCCUACCCCUCGCUUCCCCUUCCACCAGCCAUGGUGCACCCUUCCUGGGAACUGUUUUGGCAGUAGAAUAUUAACUCCAAAUAAAUAAAUUUGUA